AGAACCAAAACAAAAAAAAAAAAAUCCCCCGACCUGCCAACGCCAAGGCAGGCGACGUGGAUUCGUCUUGUUUUUGUUUUUGCUUCCCUCCCCCUCUUCCCUGGCGUUAGGUCGGUGGCCCAACUUCGACGCCAUCUAUCGUCGCAAUUUCAGUUCAGUUCAAUUCAAUUCAGUUCAAACCCCUACUACACUCACUGCCUCCCUGACCUAUCUUGCUCGUCUCCCGCAUCGCCCGCCUUGUCGCACAAGGCCCCAAAUUAUGACACAUCGUCGUCCGAGGCCCAGCAUCCUCUAUCCGAACUCCCACAAAGCUGCAAAAUUGUGCAGUCCCUGAAGUUUGCUUGCUCAUUGGCGCCGUUACACCCUGCUUGAUGAUGUGGGAGGCCGUUUCCUGGACCCAUUCAGGAGCCAACCGCCGGUGUUUAGCACACCUAGGAGAACCCAGUCAAGAGGUGGCGCCUCUCUCUCCCUCACCGACUCGCUCGACUCCGCACAAACACGCACGCAGCACUGCCGCGUCGCCUGACCCUUUGCUGUAAACAAUCGACAGCAGCACGCUCGAGUCGAGUGAGGGGGUGCACAGCCGGGCAAGCAAACGCUGCUGCUGCUGCUGCUGCUACUACUAUUGGCAUUGACGGGGAAUCAUGUCGACAAAUACAGUCCUGUACAAAAAAAUUACUUGACUGGGAGAGCAUUCGGUCGACGAAAAAAAAAAUGUCACAAUGCAUUGGCACAGCUUGCUGAUUGCAUCACGUCCACAGAGACAACUCCCCAGACUGUUCACGUUACCACACAACCUUCCUCCGUAUCGGUGCCCACGGGCGUUGCUGCCCUUGAGGCACCCUCGGCUGCGACGCCCGCGUCACCGAACCGAUCGCGCAAAGUUGCGCCUCUCUCGUUGGGUCCUGUCACCCAUCAGCCUUCGGCCCCAACUGCUCCCGAAACCGUGAGCGCGAUAGUUGACGCGCAGCAUACGACGCAACAGUUUGCACCUCGUCAAGCCCAGCUCCAGCAGAUACAGCCGCGACCAUCGUCCGCCGACGCCGGCCCGCCUCCGUCACCAUCGGGUGCCAUCCCAUGGACUGGUCCCACCUACGCCAACGGUUACAAGGACGGACGCGUUAAGGACCCAGUCCCCAGCAAUCUGAGGGGCAAGGCCAACCCGCAAGGUGGUAGCUUUAGUGUUAUGCAUAUUGACAUCAACACAGCCGAGGCGAAGAGACGGGACGAAAUUGCGAAACGUACCAGCGAGAGGACAGAGCGUGCCGCCAAGAUGGCGCAUAUGGCCGGAUAUACGUCUUUUUCACGGAGGAGACUCGACGAGGCACCAAACUCACCCGCUGCCAACCUAUCCAGUUCCUCUCUGAGCAUGACAUCAACCGCCACCCCGAAUGCACAGACUGGUGGUCCUCGACAGACCAGUCUCGAUCCGAAACAAACCAAAGAGGAGCAGGCGCGCCUGUUGACUCUCCUUCGAACACUGAACCCAGUUUCAGUCGUCGACCAGCUCUGCAAGGGACUCGCCUAUUUCGGCGGAAUCCCAGGCGCUCCUCCCCCCGAGGACGGAGUCUUCCCGGAAAGUGCUGAGAAGAACGGCUCCGGAAACCAAUUUGUUGGCUUCAUAGCUGAGAUAUUCCCACAUCAGAUCAGCAAUCAGGCUUUGAACAUGAGUCCUACGCGGUCAUACACUCUACUUCAAGACACGGUUGACGAAGCCUCCAUGCCUCCGAAAAACAUGUCUGCGUCGCCGCCCAAAGAACCCGGCAAACGACCAAGAGGUCGCCCAAAGGGCAGCAAGGCUACCAAGGUCCGUAAGGACAAGGGAAUGAGGAAAGUUCUCGCAAAAGCGCCUGGAGCCUCCGGUGCUCCGAUGGAUCCCACAACAUCCGUAGAUGUUGAUUCGAGCUGGGUCGAUGUGGAAGAGAAUGUAGGUCAUACACCGGGCGGGCAUGGAGUUCCCGGUCACAUGGCACCCACGGGAGACCAACAAUCUUCGGUUCCGAAAAAGAGAGGAAGGCCCAAGGGAUCAAAGAAUCGACCAAAGGAACGUACAGGGGAUCCAAACGCGAACGGUGAUAUGGGUACACCCAACUCCAAAAUGAAAAAGCCUAAGAAGCAGAAGAACGGGGCUGUAGAUGACGGAGAGCCUUUUGAUAUGAAUGACCAUCAUCAAGGCAACACGGCUGAGUCUGCAAUGACGGCUAUGAGGUCUUUACAUCACACGAACAGUAUGGCCACGACCUCACUCACAGCGACCAAUCAGCCCAACUCGACCACAUACAUGAGCCCGCCAGCCCAUACAGUAGGCACACCGACCGGAUCAAAACGGAAGAGAAAUCCGAUGAUUGCUUCAAACCCAGAUGGGAAUGGACCAGAGACGGCUGGUCCUGUCAUGGGCGGAAUGCCACAUUCUUCCAUGGCUAAUGGGCAGCUGCCACCGCCGGUCGCCAUAGCUCAGCCACCCAAUAAACGCCAGCGGCAGAGCAGAGACGAAAACAAUAUAUCCGGAACUCCCGGAAAUGCAUCUGGUGCGCCAGCAGAUUCGACUCUCCCCGUCGUAGGAGAUGCAGUGGUGGGAGAUGAUGGCUUUGAAAAUCGAAUUUCGACAGUUACCAACGACGACAUUGAGACUUUCGAGGCGCUCCAGUCCCAACUCGAACAGGAGACGGAGAGAUCUCGGGUUCAAAAUCACAGCCCACAUGGGCAAGUACCUUUGUCACAGUCACGUGGGCCGAAUCACUAUGAAAACUCCAACCACAGCAUACCCCUUGGGACGCAGCACGGCAGCACUCAUGUCUCAGAGGCCGAAAGCCGUACCAAUGGCCCGACUCAGCAGUUUCAGCAGCAACAACAGCAACAGCAGCAACCGCCACCGCCGCAGCAGCACCACACGCAACAGCCGCGACAACUGUCGGUCUCGUCCCAGCCACAGCAGCAGGCUCCAAUGCAGCCUCGCAGCUCAUCCCAGCCCUACUACGCGCAGGUCGAUAGCAAUUCCUCAUACUCGCAGCAGCCUCAGCAAUCACGGCCGCAGACACAACAGCAGCAGCCAUCAUCGCAGCAGUUCCCAACUCAGUCUCAGCCUCAGGCUCCGCAGCAUUACAACUCACAACAGUCCCGGCAACAGCAACCGUAUAACUCGUAUCAGCACUCGCCUCAAACCUACACCGCGCCUCAACAGACGACUUCCAGAUAUCCACUUUCUCAACAACAGUCUCAGCAACAACAAAGACAUCAACCACAAAGACUGACGACAAACCCCGCUGUCAACGACACCGCUUACAGGCCAAGCAGCAAUACUUCAGCCGUGGGCUUCAGCUCACCCUCAUUCGGCUCUCAGCAUGGCAGUCAACAGGCAUCAGCGGCGCCCUCAGUGAACACAUACGCUCCUACUAGGACAAACUCUUAUAGCAGCACGCCCAUGCGUCAACGACAGUCCCAGCCUGGUCCGGUAUCUCAUAACAAUAUGUCUGCCAACAUGGAAUCAUUCCACGGCUUUGAUACUGGCACCAACUCACUGUUCGACAACAUGGGCCUCGAUCCUUCGUCUCAUGCGCCGCUUGGACUCGCCGCUCCGUAUAAUCUUAACAGCGGCGGUGGCGUGGCGCGCUCUUCUUCGGGCUCCACAACAGAUUUUGGUCAAAAUUUCCCCGCAGAUAGAUACUAUAAUGGUGUUCGUCGCUAAAGCGUACGAAUGCCAUGUCAUGAUAUUGGAGGAUUUUCGGCCGAUUUGUGCCCAGCGCAGUAAAAGGGAGGGGACUUUUUUUGGUCAAGGAGUUAUUUGGCUUGCAAGCGGCAUUCAUUGAAAGCUUGUCUUUUAUUUUCUUCCUCUUUACAGACUUUGGUCAAACUUAGGCGCACGGUUUUGUGAAGGAAAGCAAUCAUAUCAUGUAUCGAGACUACCCUUUUCCUCUUUCUCUCUUCAAGGGAGUGAUCCGGACGGACAACAGCGGGUUAAUAAUAAUGAUUGGAUGGGUUUGUAUAAUGCCUGUUACGACUUGAUGCCAAACUACUCACAACAUUUGCAUCUCAUAGAUAUAAAAUCUGAGCGUUGACUUUGCUUCGAAUUUACCGUGAAAAGCCUGCAGCACUCCCAAACGUCACACCAUUUUUCGUACACGUAUUUUAUGUACAACUGGUUGCGCAGAGCUCUCUCCGCCUCAAUCUUAUUGCUCAACUGG